AUGGAGGUAAGAAAUCAAACAUCUGUUACGGAAUUUCUGCUAUCAGGGUUGGUUGAUGACCCCAGCCUAAAUUAUCUCUUUUUUGUGAUCUUCUUAUUAAUGUACCUAAUGACAUUACUGGGCAAUUUUUCCAUGAUUUCUUUAAUUUCCUGCUCGCCCACUCUUAGGAACCCUAUGUAUUUUUUUCUGGGCCAUCUUUCUUUCUCAGAUGUCUGCUAUUCUUCUGGCAUCACUCCUAAGAUCAUUAGCAACAUGGUCUCCAGGCGGUUGGUUAUAUCCUUUCAAGGCUGUGCUGCUCAGCUUUUCUUUUUUGUCCUGUUUGUGACUGCAGAAUGUUUUCUUGUAACUGUAAUGGCAUAUGAUCGUUAUGUGGCAACUUGUAAUCCUUUACUUUAUGUCAUGAUUAUGAGCAGAGAUUUUCCGAUGGAACUGGUCGGAAUGGCAUAUUGUGGUGGAAUUAUAACAACAACAAUACAAACAAGCUGUACUUUCAGGUUGUCAUUUUGUAAUUCCAAUAAGGUCAAUCAUUUCUAUUGUGACAUUCCCCCAUUGCUGAAGCUUUCCUGCACUAAUACUUCUAUGAGAGACAUGUCUGUCAGGGAGUUUUCCAGCCUAAGGUUAGUGGUAUUUCCAGUAUUUUCCCUGCUGGCAUAG